AUGGCAGUUAUACAAUGCCUACUGCUUGUAGUUGCUGCUGUGCUGGCAAGGGCGGGCAGCGAGGAGAACCUAGCUUCCUUUGGCAGAGCCCGCUCUGGCGUGGAUCUAAGGAUAAUACCCCUCCUGCAAAACCAUGCCAAGGCAUGCAUUGAAAUUCUGGAUAAAGAGGGCGAUCCCUCUCCAGCCACGAGCUGCACAAAUCUCACUACAUGCAUGAUGUAUUUUAGCGCAUAUCUAGCAGAAGGCGGAGUGCCAAGCCUAUAUGAUGCCACGAGCAUAGCUCUGAAUUUUGCAGAGCACUAUAUAGAUCCAAUAAUUACGCAGCAUAAAAACACAAUUGAGGAUGAAACAAUCAUGAUGUUUGUUCGUGCAUGUAACUACGAGUCUAGCAACCCGACACGCCUCUAUGAUGCAGGAUUCAUCUUGGGAUAUAUUUCUAUGUCUAUCAAGAAGAUAGCCGAAGCACACAACACAAUGGUUGUCAACAAAGACACCAAGCAGGAAGAGCUGUUUGUGCUGACAGCGCAUGAGGUCCUGAAGCUUAAGUGGGUGGCGAAGCUGCACUACCUUUUUAUGCAGCUUCUUUUUAUGACAGAUUAUAACACCCACACAUAUAUAAAUAUAAGAUACAUAGGCAUAGCAGAGGACUACAUGAGCGCGUUUAACCCAUAUCCACCAUUGUGCGAGGCUUUAGCGAACAUGUCUAUUGAAUAG